GGAGGGCCGUGCUGCUGACCCGUCGGGCUUCAGCGGCCACUGUCCGUAGUCUGCUGACCCAACCAGGGAGACCCUCGUGAGGCCCGGACCCUUGGCCCGCCCCCGCCCGACUUGGCCGCAGGACUCAGGCAGCUGACACGAGCGCCUGCUGGGCACGCGCCGACAUUGUGGGCGCGUGGAGUGGAGAAAAUCAAGGCUCUGCCUCCCGGGGGAGAGAGACAACCCUCAAGGAAGCCAGCGCUCCCUGGGACCUGGCCAGCCCCGACCCGGCGCCUCCGUCAGCCUGGACUCAGCUCUGCCCUGCAGUGAGCUCUGGAAGUUCUCAGAGAACUCAGGAGACGCAGACCUCGCGUGCCCGAUCUUGGGGCGCGAUUCCCGGCUCCCCUCCGUGUGCCCCCCUGAUCACGGGCGUCCAGGGGACGGGAGUGCAAACUUAGGAAGCCAGAGGCUGGUUGAAACUCCAGCUUUGCCUCCAGUGUACUGGAUGACGGGCAAAUUAUCUCCCCACUCCGGUCCUGCCAGCCCUAAAACAGACGCCGUUGGCGUUUACUUCGUGUCCCCUUUCCGGGAGUGGUUCCUUCAUUUUGGGAGUCAUGCAAGGCCCAGAGGAAUGGAGAUCGCGCCUGUGUUUGGCCUGGAGCAGGGCACUCAGAGCCACUCCUGGUCCACCUGGCCUGGUCUUUGCCAGUCACCGAGCCGCUGAGCAGAGCCGUGCCUGGGGGCCUUUGCCACCAAGAACCUUCCUCAGCGUUCAACCCACCUGCCCUCCAGCGUCCAGCAGGCGCCCAUCAGACGGGGAGGUGCGGCGUGGCCUGGUGACACAUGGCAGAGGCAGAGCACAGCCAACACUUCCUUGACUCAGAGGUCGACGCCCUGCCUCCCGACACUGUCUCCCUCAGCGACUCGGACUCCGACCUCAGUCUGCCCGAUGGUGCUGGGGUAGACGCCCUGUGCCCGGGGGGGCUGCCUGGGGAGGCUUCCGGGGAUUCAGGCCCCGACGAGCCCCCCUCGCCCCCCAGGGGCCUCCCCGCACAGGCGGUGCAGCCCUUCCACCUGAGAGGCACGAGCUCCACCUUCUCCCAGCGCAGCCACAGCAUCUUCGAUGGGCUGGAGGGGGCCGCCAGGCGGGCUGUGCCCGCUGUGACUCCGGCCGGCCCGGGUGACGGGGGGGGCUUCCGGCAGUUGCCUACACCCUCCAGCCAGCCUGCAGCGGGGGUCCCAGGUAGGGCCGCUGGGAGCCCUGCUGCCCCAAGGGCGCCCCCUGUCCCUGACUACGUGACCCACCCUGAGCGCUGGACCAGGUACAGCCUGGAAGAUGUGGCCGAGACCAGCGAGCAGAGCAACCGGGCCGCCGCCCUGGCCUUUCUGGGGCCGCAGAACCUGCCCGCCCCCGGCAGCUACACGCCUUCCUUCAACCAGGACCCCUCCAGCUGUGGGGAGGGCCGGCUUGUCUUCACCAAACCCACCCGAGUCAGUGAGGCUCGGCCCGACAGGAAGAGGGUAUCCAGGAAGGUGGGGGAACCGGGCAGGGGAGACCCUGGGGUUCCAGGAGUGGCAGGGGGCGAGGGCCCCGUGGAGCUGGCCCACCUGGCCAGGCCUGGGAGCCCCGAAGCCGAGGAGUGGAGCGGACCCCGAGGGGGCCUGCAGGAGGUGGGUGCAUCUGCGGGCGUGGCCCACGCUGGGUCUGGGUCCAGCCCCCCGCUGGUGGAGACAGUGGGUUUCCAUGGCAGCAAGAAGCGGAGCAGGGACCACUUCCGGAGCAAGGGUGGCAGCCCUGAGGCCCCAGGUGCGGAGGUGUGAGCUGGGAAACCGCCUGGCUGCCUCCCUGACCUGGCUGUGCUAGAAGGCUGGCCACCGCUGCCCCCAGGGCGGCUUCAGGGCUGGAGCGGGCGCAGGGCUCCAGGGCAGCGAGCUGGCCCGCCGGCUGCCUGUAGGUGCCACCAGGGAAUGGAGACCUCGCCAGGGUGUGGGCCGCGGGUGAUGGAGGCCCAACCCAUUCUCUGCCCGGGAGUCAGUAAAGGCUCUACAUGUU